CCUUGGUAUUUCUCUGCAUCUGAACGUAGAGCCCAGGGUGAGUGAUAUGAAUACGAGCUGGAAUGAAGAAUGCUUCAAUGCCUCGAAUCCAGAUGCAUGCCUUGCUUCCCAGAUGUCCCUGAUCACAUCGCUCACAGUUCCUCUCUCCAGCAUCGUCAUCGUAGGGAAUCUGGUCAUCAUCGUGGGGAUCAUCGGCAACAAGAGCCUGCACAACCCCACGAACUGUUACUUGCUGAGCUUGUUGCUGGCUGGCCUGGGCACCGGCCUCAUCGUGCCUUCCAUUCCCAUGAUGAACUUCAAGAGUGAGUAUGCCUCCCAGAUCUGCUUCUUUUUCCACCUCUUACCAAACUUCAUCUUCCUCGCUUUCCUCUCCAACCUGCUGGUAGUUCACUAUGACAGGUACGUCUGUAUCACCCGUCCUUUCAGGUACAGUCUUUCUUGGACUCACAAGUAUGUCCCUGCUGUCAUACUGACCACCUGGCUCCUGCCCUUGCUGUUUGCCUCGCUGCCCCUGUUUGGCUGGAACAACUGGAGCCCCAGUGCCCGACAUUGCUAUUUCAAAUUGAUUUUCCCCCGUGCUUACAUCUACCUGGAGAUGUACGGAUUACUUAUCCCAUCCAUCUUAGCCAUCACUGCAAUGACAAGCCAAACCCUCCAUGUGGCACGAAAGCAUAUAAAAGCAAUUAAGAAGAUGCAUCGAGCUGUUCACAGUGACUCAGCUUCUCUUGAGAAACAACUGGACUUCAAAUACGCUAAGUGCAUCAUGUUGCUGUUUAUCACCUUCCUGGUUUGCUGGGUCCCUUACAUUGUUUUCGUCCACAUUUCGUUGUUUGUGGAAAACAGUGGAUUGAAGACACGCAUCAUCCUGUCCUGUUUAGGAACUAGCAGUGCUGCUUUCGCCCCCUUCAUCCUAGUCUUCAACAACAAUGAAUACUUCCAACUGUGGCGAAAAGUUUUCCAGAGUUUGCAAAAGUUGCAGCAAAGACGCUAGCGGAACUUUCAUUGUCUGAUAUUUAUUUCUGAGGUGUUGAGUGUUUAUGUUUAGCUCCAACCCUGGAGGUUGUGCGUUUAAUGCACUACUUUCACAAGACUUCAGCACAAAUCCAGCGUGAGGGAGUGCUGCAGGGUUACCCUAUUUCAGAAAUCUGAGGCGGUGUAUGCUUUCUCAGAUGGAUGUAAAUGCUCCUCACUGAAAAAGACCAUGGAAUGUCUCAGCAUUAGAGAAAAAAUGGAAGCUCUCAUCAGCUCAAGCAGCAUUGGUGGAGAGAGAAACAGAGUUAACGCUUCAGACUGAGAAUCAUAGGGUCAUAGAGAUAUACAGCACAGAAACAGACCCUUCGGCCCAUCCUGUUCAUGCCGACCAGAUAUCCUAAACUGAUCUAGUCCCUUUUGCCAGCAUUUGGCCCAUUUCCGACUAAACAUUCCGCCUCAAAUGCCCAUCCAAAUGCCUUGUAAAUGUUGUUAUUGUACCUGCCUUCACCACCACUUCUAACAGCUUGUUCCAUUCGUGCGCCACCCACUUCAUGAAAAUGUUGUCCGUCCGGUCCCUUAUAAAUCUCUCCCCUUAAUUCCCUUCCUGAUUAAACAUCUGUCUAUCUCAACCAUGAAUAUACUGAAUGACUUAGCCUUGACAGCCCUCUGCUGUAAAGAAUUCCACAGACUCACUCCCCUCUGAUAGGAGAAAUUCCACCUCAUUUCUGUCUUAAAUAUAUGACUCCUUACUUUGAGAUGAUACUGUCUGGUCUUAGACACUGCCACAAGGGGAAAUGAUCUCUGUGCCUCUCUUGUCUCCUAAAAAUCUUGUAUAAUUCAACAAGAUCACCUCUCAUUCUGCUAAACUCUGAUAAGUAGAGGCGCAAUCUACUCAGUCUCUUCUCGUAAGGCAUGUUCCCUCAUACCUGACAUCAGUCUGGUGAAUCUUCUCUGGACUGCCUCCAAUGUGAGUCUGUCUUUCCUUAGAUAAGAGGUCCAGAGCUGUUCACAGCAUUCCACUUGUGGUCUAACGAGACCCUUGUAUAUUUUGAGCAAAACAUUGCCACUUUUAGACUCCAUUUCCUUUGAAAUAAAGGCCAAUGUCCCAUUUGCCUUCCCCAUUGCCUGCUGAACUUGGAUGCUAGGAUUCUGUAACUCACGGAUGAGAACUCCGAAAUCCGUCUGUGCUGUAGCUUUCUGCAGCCUUUCCCCAUUUAAACAAUAUUCAGCUCCAUUAUUCUUCCUGCCAAAGUGCAUAAUCUCACAUUUCCUCACAUUAUUUCCAUCUACUAACCACUUACGGAACCUGUUUAUAUCCCACUGCCUUCUCUUUGUGUCAACCUCACCACUGUUAACUCUGUUUCUCUCUCCACCGAUGCUGCCAGACCUUAUGAGUUUCUCCGGCACUUCCUGCUUUUAUUUCAGCGCCCAUGGUAUUUUGCUUUUCUGUUUAUUAGACACUUGGGCAGUGUCCUGGACAAUAUUUCUCCGUCACCACAGUUAUUACAACAAACAACCUGGUCUUUACCACAACUGCUGCUUGCUGUGCACUAUGUUCCAUAGGUAACAAGGUGUAGAGCUGGGUGAAUGCUCAGAGGAGCAGGAAGGCUGACGUUUCGGGGAGACCCUUCUUCAGAAAAGAUGUUUCAUACUUGGUUGGGUGUGACUGUUUGGAUGUACCUGUCUCAGGGUAAUGAGACUACAACCAUUUACAGAAGCUGUGAAUUAACUGUUUAGAUCAAUCCUUCUACUUCCACAAUACACCAUACAUGAAGUAAUUUCCAAACUCAGAGAGAAAUUUCUAACGUAUUGGAGACAGUUCAGACACAGCUCACAAGAUUAAUUCCUGUAAUAAGUGGUUUGUCUUAGAGGGAGUGUUGGACAGGCUGGGCUGGAAUUUAGAAAAGUCAGAGGAGGCUUGAUCGAAACAUAGAAGAUCCCAAUGGAUCUUAACAGGAUGGCUGUGUGGAUAAUGCUUCCGAUUGUAUGUUAAAUGUAUUUGUCUGCAGCCCCUUUUUUGGAAUGUGCUGCUGUUAGAAUUUUAGUUGCACUUCAGCCCCACACUCCUGAUCUUCAGGCAGCCACUGCUGGGAGAGCUGGACCAGUCUACAGGCCUUCUCAUGGCUUUGGUCUUAGGCCUGGUCAAGGUGGCCAUUAGCUGGUCCACACAGCGGAUUGAAGAGGAGCUUGUUGUUCCUGCCUGCCCCUUUAUUGUGGUUACAUCCGCGCUCGGGUGACUUUGGAGGGGGGACCACAUGGUUCUCACUGGCAUAGUCGAGGACUUUCUUGACUGAUGGGUGCCACAGGGGCUGGAAUGUACCAUGAACCCAAACUCUAAAAUAUUGAUUUACUCAAUCAUAGGUUUCUAUUUUGCCUAUGGAGUUGUGUUUGUUUUUGGGUUGGUGUCCCAGGAACAGGACGGUUUUAUUUUCCCUUUAUUUCAACUUUUGAUGCCCUUCAAGAGCCCUAGGGUCUGUUAUUUUAUCAAGAAGUAUUUAUUCUACAUUUUGACCCCUUGUUGUCCCUACCUUAUGAGUGGUUGGUGGGGGCAAUGCCAAGAAAAGCCAUUUUUUAAUUGUUUAUUUGUUGCUUUUCCUUUUCCAGAGCUACUGGAGUUUCAUUUUACCUCAGAAGUUGAAGAAUCUUUUGCUUUUCUGUUUGAAACAGGUAGUGUGAGAUUUGCUCUGGGCUUGACCUGUUGUUGUGCUCAUCCCAGGAUUGUCUGAUGGGGGCAGACUCAUGGUAGGAUGUGGGGUUGUCUUGACCAUUUUGUUUUAAAGAUGUUUCCGGGAGAAGUUAGAAUAAAGGGCCGUUGUUUCAAGAUUAGUGAUCGCCCACUUUAAAACAGAAAUGAAGAAAUGUUCUUUCUCUCAGAAAGUGAUGAGUCUAUGGAACUCUCUUCCUGAAAAGAAAUUAAAACAGUCUUUGAAUAUUCUUACGUCAGAGUUGGACAGAUUCGUGUUAAGCGAGGAGACGAAGGUUUAUCAGGGAUAGACAGAAAUGUGGAAUAAUCAUGUCAAUCAAAAUCUCAUUGAACUGCUGCUCCCAAUUCAACCUGAAAUUCAAAUGUAUAUUUUAUUCGUUCAUUUCUCUAGAGGAUAGUUAUUUAAAAGAUUUUUCUUUUUGACUUGAACUGAAUGGGUGCAGUCUUUUAAAUUCAGUUUCUGUUCGGAAGAAUUUUGAAUGUAUUUCCUAAACUUUUUACGGAUCGUGAGAUUUGAGGUUUCAGAUCCUGUAUUAAACAACAGCUGCUGGAGGUUUUAAAAAGUCUUCAUGUUGCACUUUGGAAAUGUAAAGCUCGUGUGGUGAAUCAACAAAGAGUGACAGCAACAAGAUGCACCAAAGUGACAGAAUGAGUCCGUCACUGAAGUGGCUUCACCUGAUG